AUGGACGAGACCGCUCUUUCAGAAACAGAGAAACCAUCUCCAGUGAUCCGACGGAAACUCAAAAAGACCUGGAAGAGGCUGGCGCCGCUCGAAGGGCACACUGGAAGACUCUUUGACACGAUGCAACGUACAGACAACAGAACACUCAUCGCAUUGAAGUCCGGCUUCACAGUCGACAUCGUGAAUGCCGACACCAAGAAAACAUUCGUCCGCAACGUUCCGCUUCGCAUGUUAUGGCAUUUCUGUGGCGUCUCCGUUCUCGAUCGCUUUAUACCAGACAGGGACGGGUGCCCGGAUCUGUUGAAGAUACCCGUGAAAGAAGCUGAGAAAUCUGGAGUCGCAAGAGUCAUGCGAUAUAUGCGUCGCGCGUGUAAAGCAGCUAGCGUGCGGCCCACAGGUGAGCUGCGCAUACCACCCAGUCUGGCCGCCGGUAUCGAGACGAUUCGAGCCUGCCGUGUGUUCGGGCUGCACGCAGACGCCGAUCGGAUCGAAGAUGUAAUUAUAGGCGAGUGGAUAGGCAACGAAGCUUGGUACAUGACCGACGAGCAUGUUGAGCUGAUAUGGGAUGGCUACCAUGGUAGUCUUCGCGACACCGUUUUCGGGGAUGUAAUAGUCUGGUUUAUAUUGACAGAAGUGCAAGAUAAGUCGCAUCCUCUCGCGGAGGAGAUAAGGUGGAUGCUUGACCAAGACGAUUACGAGACCUUGAAGGCAAGGGUUACGGAGGAGGUGCAAAGGAAGAUGUGGAGACUGGAGGAUCAUGAUCAGUUCAUGGCACGAUGCCAGUGGGAGCGGGCGGAACAGGUGCGGAAGGAGGAAGAACGUGCUGAUCGGCGGGUUUUCAUCAUGGAACCAGCGCGAAAGCUCUUGGUAUCGAGAUGA